UGCUGAGUGGACUAAAGAUGGGGGAGCAAGGUGAUUGGCUGGAGGCUAACAGUGGAGACUGGGUGGCCAUCUUGGAUUCUCAGACCCAGACGGAUACAGCCAAGGGCCCAGGGAACGACAUCAACAAGCCGGCCUGGACCAGAGGCGACAUAGUGGCGGCCAGUGGAUUGGACAGCAUCCUCAACUCUGGGCUGGGGAACAACAGUGUUCAACACAACCAGAAACCGACAGUUGAACACAAAACAUCCAAACUUAGUCUCCAUGACAACAGACUGGCUGACACCAGGGCGAGGCAUAGAUUUGGUCCGCGGGUACAGGGAGGUGUCCGUAUGAGAACAGACAUAGACUUGGCUAGCUAUUCUCCGUCCUGCUCCUAUAGUUGUGAUUCAGAAAGACAAAUGGCACCUCAGGUUAACCACCUAACAGGUGCUGCCUUCAGCCUGCGUUCUAUAGGAUCUAUCAACUGGAACAUGGACCCUGCGACAACACAGACACUCCCUGGCCUUUGUCCUCCUCACACUCUCCUGUUAAACCAGACCUCAGACAAUGCCAGUGCCUCAACACUAAAUGGCAACACAAGCCCAUUGACAAAUGACAGUAGUAGUAAUGCUAUCAGUAGAUCCAGUGGCAAAGAGAAGCGCUUCCCGUGUUCGUUCUGUGGGAAAGCCUUCAGUUUCCCCAAACAGAUGGAGAUCCACCAGAGGAUGCACACGGGGGAGAAACCAUUUGGCUGCCAGCUGUGCCGGGCCAGUUUCUCUCAAUCCUCCAACCUGAAGAGGCACCAGAGAGUCCACACAGGGGAGAAAUCCUACAGCUGCCCCCAGUGUGAGAAGAAGUUCUCCCGCCAGCACCAGCUGUAGAUGCACCUGAAGGUCCACAUGGGAGAGAGGCCGUUUGCCUGUACGCACUGCGGGAAGAGGUUC